UGUGCAAAGCUCCACGAACAUUGAAUAAUCCCUCCAUUUUAUUUUCCUGGCUAAGCAUUAAGGGGGAAAUGCCUUACCAAAAUCAUGAUUUCGGAAUUGUGCUAGGGUUUCAUUGAACCUCAACGGUCAUCCCUACUGACUCCCUUGAUUCUCAUCAACCGACUUUCCAAACCGUCCACAGAAUUCCACACGACAUGAACACCAACUGUUCGGCAAAAUAACUCACCCAAACUUUCUCCCCUUCCACCAUUCUAUGCUCAUUGCUCACAUUUUUACACGACAAUAGUCAUGUUAAAUCUCUUUGUGGUUCUAGGGUUUCGUUGAUCUCAACUUGGGCCGUUUUGGGUUCUCAUGAUUACCCGUCAACUAACUUCCAAAACCCUCCACAGAAUAGCCGCACGACGGUCAAAGGAAUUCAAAAGCUUCCACUCAUCUAGAAAUGACCUCCAACUGUUCGACAAAGUUACUCAGCCAGAGGUUCUCCCCUUCCAGCAUUCUAUGCUCACGUAUUCACGCAAUAACAACCAUUGUGAAGUCCUUAGGAUAUUUAAGAAACAGCUUCAGUGUGAUUUCAUUGGCACCAUCGAUGCAGUUACGAUUGCCGUGGCUCUCAAGGCUUGCCGGGGCUACCCAAGACUCGGGCGUAAUAUCCACGGGUUUUCCAUUGCGUCUGGGUUAGUUUCGAACCUCAGUGUGUCAAAUGCUUUGAUGAGCAUGUAUUGUAAGUCUGGACAGUUCGAUCAGGCUUUAUCUAUUUUUGAGAAAUUGAAGAACCCUGAUAUUGUUUCUUGCAACACGGUCCUUUCGGGGUUUGAAAAUGUUGAUGACGCUUUAAAGUUUGCUUGUCAGAUGAAUUUAACUGGAAUGGCUUUUGAUGCUGUGACUUAUAGUACUAUCCUUGCCCGUUGUGCUGAUGAUGAGGAGUUUUUGUUUGGGAUUCAGUUGCACUCUCUUGAACUGAAGUGUGGUUUGGGUUGUGAAGUUUUCAUUGGGAAUGCCUUGAUAACAAUGUAUUGCAAAUGGGGCCAUAUAGUGGAAGCUGAAAGAGUGUUUGAUGAGAUGCUCAAAAAGGAUUUGGUUUCGUGGAAUGCAAUGCUUUCGGGGUAUGCUCAGGAGGGAAAUUAUGGACAAAAAGCUAUUUGGGCUUGUCUGGAAAUGGUGAGACGAGUUAUAAAGCUCGAUCAUGUCUCUCUUACUAGCAUAGUUUCAGUUUGUGGACACGAAAGAAACGUGGAGCUUGGGAGACAGAUACAUAGUUUGGCCAUUAAAACGGGAUAUGCGGCUAGAAGGGAUUAUGUGAAUCACGUUUCAGUCUGUAAUGUUUUGAUCUCCUUGUAUUCCAAGUGCGAGGCUGCCAAUGACGCAGCAUUGGUGUUUGAGAGCAUGACUGAUCGUAAUGUGAUCUCGUGGACUACAAUGAUUUCUAUAGAUGAAGAAAAUGCUAUAUCCCUAUUCAAUGAGAUGAGGUCAGAUGGAGUAUAUCCCAAUGAAGUUACAUUCAUUGCAUUGAUUCAUGCCAUAACAAUCAAUAAUUCGGUGGAAGAAGGUCGACCGGUUCAUGGGCUUUGCUUAAAAUCUAACUUUUUGUCCAAACUGGAUGUUGCUAAUAGUUUUAUUACCAUGUAUGCUGAAUUCAAAUCAAUGGAAGACUCGGAGAAGAUUUUCGAGGAGCUCAGGUACAGAGGCAUUGUGUCAUGGAAUGCUUUGAUUUCAGGGUAUGCCCAAAAUGGCAUGGGCCAAGAAGCUCUACAGACUUUCUUGUUGGCAAUAUUAGAGUCUCUUCCCAAUGAAUUCACAAUUGGCAGUGUCUUGAGUGCAGUUGGAGCAACUGAGGCCAUAUCUCUAAAACACGGCCAAAGGUGCCACUCUUAUUUAAUAAAACUUGGAUUGAACGACCCAAUUGUUUUGGGUGCUCUCCUUGACACGUACGCAAAGCGUGGGAGCAUAUCAGAAUCUCUUAGAGUAUUUCAUGAAAUGCCUGAAAGAAGCCAAGUUGCGUGGACUGCCAUAAUCUCUGCUUAUUCAAGGCAUGGAGACUAUGAAUCGGUAAUGAGCCUUUUUGAGGAGAUGGAGAAGAGAGGUGCAAGGCCUGAUUCAAUCACGUUCCUCUCUGUGCUAACUGCUUGUGGUAGAAAGGGGAUGGUUGAUAUGGGCAGACAAAUAUUUGACUCAAUGGUUAAAAACCAUUUGAUUGAACCAUCUGGCUUGCAUUAUUCGUGUAUGGUGGACAUGUUGGGCCGGGCCGGGAGGCUAAAGGAGGCCGAAGAGUUUGUGGGCCAGAUUCCAGGUGGGCCGGGAUUCUCUGUGCUGCAGAGCUUACUUGGUGCUUGUACGAUUUAUGGGAAUGUGGAGAUGGGUAAGAGGGCAGCUGAUGCUUUGAUGGAGCUGAAACCGGAACAGUCAGGUUCAUAUGUAUUGAUCUCAAAUUUGUAUGCUGAGAGAGGGGAUUGGGAAAAGGUAGCAAAAAUACGGAGAGGGAUGAGAGAUAAAGGGGUGAGAAAAGAAGUAGGAUUUAGUUGGGUUGAUGUGGGUGAGGCUAAUGGUUCAUUGUCUCUCCACGGGUUUUCAUCAGACGAUAAGUCGCAUCCAAAGACCGAGGAGAUAUAUAUGAUGGCGGAAUAUGUAGGGUCAGAAAUGAAGAUUUUGCAGAGAGCGGGGGAGAGAAGUGGAGAGGAGAGAGUUUGUAACUUAUAAAAUCAAGCCCUCAACAAGGUUUCGUUUGUUUCUUGUUGGACCAAAUUGGUUCUUGUUUCUGUUUGUUUCUUGUUGCCGUAGAUUAUAUAAAGAUUUGGAGUUGUCUGAUAAUCAUAGCUUACAGACGUCAGUCCCCUUACUAAA